CUCCUCUGUGUUUUGUUUUUUGGAUAACAGCGGCUCAGGGAGAGUCGCAGAGUUUUACACUAGAAAAUCUCACCCCACUUUCGUUUCAGAUAAUAGAGGUGAGAUAGAGAUGGCAAGUGCAGUGCACUGCUUAUCUUCUUGCUUGACCCUCAAUUCUAAGCUCAGAAGCCUUUCACUCAAGUGCUCAUCAUCAUCUUCAUCUUCUACUUCUAGUUUGCCGGGUUUCAAUUCUUGUCGCUCCCUCAGUUUCUCCACAAGUAUAUCUAACAAUGUCUUCUCCAAAGGCAGCUUAUCUAUGAGCAGAAUUCGAAGGCCAACCGGUCACUCUGUUGUUUGCGAGGCGGCUCCAAAGAAAAAGGCCGAUUCAGCUGCAAAGCGAGCUCGACAAGCUGAGAAAAGGCGCAUUUAUAACAAAGCUCACAAAUCUGAAAUUAGAACACGGAUGAAGAAGGUAACCACUUUCUUAAAAAAACAAAAUUGAUAUUUACAAUA